AUGGGGUGUGGGGGGUCCAAGGCUCUAGCAGCAGUAGACAACCCUCCACUCCCCCCACCUACCAAGCCUGUAGCACCACCAUCAGUAACCGCAGCAGCACCAGCAGCAGUGGUACCUUCCGCAGCAGAGAAUCCCGCGAAACCUUCGCAAGCAACGACCGCAGCUCUCGCAGCAGCGCCUCCUGCGACGGAAGUCUCCAGCCUCGCGAAAGACAUCUCUUCCGCCGCAUCAGUCGCGCUCUCGAAGCAAGACCCGCCUGUCGUGCUGCAAGAGUCGCCGCCUGAAGCCGCCAGGGACACUGUCGUUGAUGCUCCUGGGGAGAAGGCGGAGGCACCGGCGGUAGUAGGCCAGUCCGCGGACGAAGACGGGUCUGCGGAGCUCAACCGGUCCGCGGAGGCUCAACAGGCGCAAGUUGAUGCGGCCGAUGAGGACACAGUGGACGCAGCAGAUGGCGGAAGCGGAAGGUUAGCAGGGGAAGGAGGGGGGAGCGAGGCGGAGCAGAGCGGGCGUGUAGCUGAGGCUGGUGAAGGGCAAGAGCGCGGCUUUAGCAGCCGGUGUAGUGAGGAUGACGGUGAUUCUCCGUCGUCGCAUCAGAGGCUUAGGGAAGGAGAGGAAGGAGAGGAAGGCGAAGAAGGCGAGGAAGGCAUCUCAGCAGAAGCAGCAGCUGAAGCGGAAACAGCUGGUGCUCAGGACACGUCUGCAUCCGCAGCGGCGGUUGCAGAUGUAGCAGAGGCUCGAGACAGCACGGACGGGCUACCAGCAGCAGGAGAAGCAGCACCACCAGACGCCGCAGAGGGGCCUGGGACAACCGCAGAUGGCAGCACGGGCGGUGAUGGUGAGAGCAGUAUUGCUGAUGCCAACACUCGGGGCACUAUGAGCUCAGCCAAAUCCAACCCCCACAACCCCCUCCCCUCCCCCCGCCAGCCCGGAACCCCCCUCCCCAGACCCCCCUCCCCACCCAUGUCCCCCCACGGGAUCCUCCGCGUGCCUGGCUCCCCCGCGCCCCUCUUUGGCGGAAUGGCGCUUCCCUUACCGUCCCCCCAGUCCUUUGGCUCGUCGAAUUCGAGUGGGGGGGGCGCAGGGGCAGGGGGGGGCGGCGGGGGGAGUAACAUAGGAAGCAGCGGGCUGGGGAGUGGUGGUGGAGGUCUGGGGGGGAGUUUCCGAAGGGCGGGUUCAGGUGGGGGUGGGGGUUCUGGUGGGGGUAGUGGCGAGCUGAGGGCGGCCACAGGGGGGUUCAGCAGGGAGAAUCUUCUGGGGGAGGGCGGAUUCGGGGGCGUGUACAAGGGUCAAGUGGACGCCUGGCCUAUAGACGGCGUGCCUAUAGUGAUGGGACAGAAAAUUGUGGUGGCGGUUAAGAGACUGAAUAAAGACGGGCUGCAGGGCCACAAGGAGUGGCUGGCGGAGGUGAACUUUCUGGGAAACAUCCAGCACCCGCGGCUGGUGCGGCUGCUGGGGUACUGUGCGGAGGAGGAGCAUCGGCUGCUGGUGUACGAGUUUGUGCCCAACAAGUCCCUCGAAGACCACCUCUUCAAGACCAAUGGAGCCAAGGGUGGCACCGGGCUGGCCUGGCUGGACCGCAUCAAGGUUGCCCUGGAUGCAGCUAAGGGGCUGGCAUACCUGCAUGACGAGACAGAGAACCAGGUGAUCUUUCGGGACUUCAAGGCCGCCAACAUUCUCCUGGACAGCGCCCUGCACGCCAAGCUACGUCUCAAAACCCCCCCUCGCCCUUCCCUCCCCUCACACACACCCGUGCAGGUGAUCUUUCGGGACUUCAAGGCCGCCAACAUUCUCCUGGACAACGACCUGCAUGCCAAGCUGUCCGACUUUGGGCUCGCCAGGGCGGGGCCUGAGGGUGACCGCACCCACGUCAGCACACAGGUCGUAGGAACAGUGGGCUAUGCUGCUCCGGAAUACGUUCUGACAGGUCAUCUGACAGCGAGAAGCGACGUGUGGAGCUACGGGGUGGUGCUGGUGGAGCUGCUGACGGGCAGGAGGGCGCUGGAUGAAAGUCGCCCCAGAGAGGAGGUGUUUCUUGUCGACUGGGCCAAGCCGUACCUUGCAGAGACCCGCCGGCUCUUCCGCAUCAUGGACCCGGGGUUCGAGGGCAAGUACUCAGCCAAGGCAUCGCAGAAAGUGGCUGCCUUGGCGCUCUGGUGCUUAGCUAAGAACCAGAAGCAGCGCCCCACCAUGACCCAAGUUGUGGAGUCGCUCACUCCACUGCUCGACCUCACAG